AUGGGCUGGCGGCUCUGGCGGCGCCGCGAAGCGUUCCCAUUGGCCGGAGCCUCCGCGCGUCACGGCGCUCGCCCCGCUCCCUCGCCUGUCCUCUGCCCCGCUCCCGAGAAGGGGCGGCCCGGCGGGCUGGGCGCGAGCGGGGCUCGACCCCGCGAGCUCCGGAAAGGCAGCCGCCGGGGGCAGUGGAGCAGACCCGCGCCAGCCGGGAGGAGGGGGUUGCAUCCCUCGGGUUGUGGCGGCGCGAACCGAAUCCGGACGGAGGCAGAUGUCGAGUGCUGGAACCUAGGCUGGACGCCCGGAGGGGAUGCACGCUCCGGGCGCCCGGCGAGCCCUCGCCUCUUCGGCAGAGAAUGCUGCUCAGAAGUGCUUGUGUCCCCUCGCUCUAGGAGAGAUGACCAAACAGGUGGGCUCGCCGGGGAAAAGACUGCGUUAAGCUGUCGGCAUUGGACAUCACUGCUCCUGGUUUUCAGGCUUUCUGACUCAGAUCAGGACUUAUAUCAUCAGCCCCCCUCAUCCUACACCCAUUCUCAGGCCUUAUGGACUCAGACUGAAAGUAUGGCUCUGGCUUUCCUGGCCUUCCAGCUUGCUGAAGGCAGAUUGUGGGACUUUUUGGCCACUAUAACCACCAGAGACAGAGUGUGAGUGGAGAAGCAGCAGAGAGAGAGGGAGUCAUAGAAUCUGAGGCAGACUCCAGGCUCUGAGCUGUCAGCACAGAGCCCAAUGCAGGACUGAACCCAAGAACUGCGAGAUCAUGACCUGAGCUGAAGUAGGAAGCUUAAACUGACUGAGCCACCCAGGUGCCCCUGUUAUGUAUAAAUUCUUGUUAACUUUUCUAAUAAAGUUUUUUUUUUCUUACUAUCCCUGUAUAUUUCUACAAAUUAAUCAUAAAAUGACUUUAAAAUGGUAAUAGGGGAACCUGGGUGGCUCAGCCGGUUGAGUGUCUGGCUUCGGCUCAGGUCAUGAUCUUGUGGUUUAUGUGUUCGAGCCCCGCGUUGGGCUCUGUGCUGACAGCCUGGA